AUGCCGGCUGACACCCCAGAGAAGCCGAGCGCCUCGCCGUUGGCAGGAGCGCAGGCCAGCGCCAGCCCGACCCCAGAUAAACCCCGCAGCGCGGCAGAGCACCGUAAGUCCUCGAAGCCCAUCAUGGAGAAGCGGCGCCGAGCGCGCAUCAACCAGAGCCUUGCUCAGCUCAAGACCCUCCUCCUGGACGCGGUCAGGAAGGAUAGCUCCCGCCAUUCGAAGCUGGAGAAGGCCGACAUCCUGGAGAUGACGGUGACACAUCUGCAAAACCUGCGUCGCUUUCAGGUGACAGCCGCACUCAGCUCGGACCCCGCUGUCCUGGGCAAGUACCGUGCAGGCUUCAACGAGUGCCUGGCCGAGGUGACCCGCUUCCUGGCUGGCUGCGAGGGUGUCCCGGCCGAAGUUCGCUCCCGCUUACUCGGCCACCUGGCAGCCUGCCUGCUCCAGCUGGGGUCUUCGCGCCGCUCGGCCUCGCUGCCCGCCGCUGCAGACGAACCGGAGUCCGAGGUCUACGCUGGCCGCCCGCUGCGGCGCUCCUUAGACGGCCCCUUUCCCCUGCUGCGCCCAGGGGCCGCGUUCGCGCCGCUCCUGCCACCCAGGCUGACCCUGGCGCCUCCCGCCGCCCCCAGGAUGGGAUCUCAAGGCCGGAGCGGACCCUGGAGGCCGUGGCUACACUGA